AUGAUCACAAGAUCUCUGGUGGAACCGGAUUCUGUUAGAAGCGCUCAACAUUUCAGAGAUGUAACCAAACGGAGGCUCUCUAUCAUUGGUACGGAGGCUACCGAUGGCCAGAGCUGUCCACUAUAUAGCCCGAAACGGCUUGAUAUUGUUUCCAGCAGUGAUGAGUGCACUGUUAGUCCAAACACCAGCGGCAAUUCGGGUCAGUCAGCCCUGAAUCUAUCGUUAGGACCGAAACCACUGCCUAUUGAGACCAGUCAACCGAACCAAAUGUUUCUAAAGUUUUUCAGUCCAACAUAUCAGAUACAGUGUUCAUCAUUGCGUAAGAACGGGUUUGUUAUGAUCAAAGCCCGUCCCUGUAGGGUAUUGGAGAUAUGCACCAGUCUAUCACAUUUGGUUAGUUUUUGUAGUUAUUUAUUAAUAGGCAAUGAUAUCUUUAGUGGCGAACAAAUUGAGGCCCAAAUACAAGAGAGUCAAUACAUUGAUGUACCGAACAUAAUAUAUUGCGAUCUUCAGUUGACUGGCAUUAGUGACGAUGGCUUCGUCACACUAAUGAACGAAAAGGGCGACACUCGCGAUGAUCUACGCGUACCGGACGGCGAAAUGGGCACAAAGAUACGUGAAGAGUACGGCAAAGAGGACAACACUGUUAUUGUAACAGUGAUGUCUGCUGUCGGUGAGGAAGCGAUAAUCGCCUGUAAGAACGCCACCUCAUAGUCGGAUGACUUCCCCAUUGUUUAUAAGAAGAAAUAAUUUUUAAAAGAAAUGUCAAAUAUAUGUAUCCAAUUGUG